AGACACUCCAUAACUUAUUGUGUAUGCAUAUAUGUUAAGAAUUAACCUUUUCUUUAGUUCUGCAGUGUUUAAAGGGCUAGCUGCUAGUCAUCUUAGACUGUAAGUUUUUAAUAUAAUUGAACAAUGGGAAAGCUGCUUGGAUAAGCCUGAAUUUUACUUCUGUUUUGGCGUUUAAGCUCCUUUUUUUUGGCCAGUGAUCAUGUUUCACAAAGCGGGGAGGGGGAUGGUGGGACACACAGGGAGAGAGUAAGUCAAUGAAGUCACCCUGCAAAACCCACAAGCGAGCUUAUCUGAGAACUGGCAAACUCCGUAUCCCUGGUUUGUUGAUGUAAUGUAUAAAAUUGCUUUUUUGCUUUUAACUGCCUUUACUUUCUGAGCUAGGGGCUGUCUUCAUUAACAGCAAAAGUGUUACUUUGUUGUAGAUGACAGAUAAGCCUCAUCACGGGAGAGUUACCUAGUUCGUCUACAAGUUCAAAAUGUAGAGAAACCUCUCUACCGUGGGACCUUCCAUUGCUUUCAGUCCAUCAUAAAGCAAGAAUCUGCUUUUGGACUCUAUAAAGGUAUUGGGUCACCAAUGAUGGGACUGACCUUCAUUAAUGCGCUUGUGUUUGGUGUACAAGGAAAUACACUGCGUGCUCUUGGAAAAGACACUCCUCUAAACCAGUUCCUUGCAGGGUCAGCGGCAGGGGCUAUCCAGUGCAUCAUCUGCUGCCCCAUGGAGUUAGCAAAGACAAGAAUGCAGCUUCAAGGAACAGGUGAAUACAAACUAAAAACGAAGAACUACAAAAAUUCUCUGGAUUGUUUGAUCAAAAUCUACCGAAAGGAAGGGCUGAGGGGUAUCAACAAGGGCAUGGUCUCUACACUCAUAAGAGAGACUCCAAGCUUUGGCUUUUACUUCCUGACCUAUGACUGUAUGACCAGGUAUUUAGGCUGUGAAGCUGAAGACAGUUACGUUAUUCCCAAACUACUGUUUUCCGGUGGGAUGUCAGGUAUUGUGUCCUGGCUCUCAACUUAUCCUGUGGAUGUGAUCAAAUCCAGGCUUCAGGCCGAUGGAGUUGGAGGUGUUACACAAUAUAGUGGCAUUUUAGACUGCGUCAGAAAGAGUUACCAUGAAGAAGGCUGGAGAGUGUUCACAAGAGGUCUUACUUCCACACUUCUCCGUGCUUUUCCUGUCAAUGCAGCUACCUUUGCUACUGUUACUGUGUUCCUAAUGUAUAUGAGGUCAGAAGACAACCUUCAUGAAUGUGAACCAGGUCCAGUAAUCCAGCAACCUUCCAGUUUGUGAACCUGAACUGUUUGUUCUCCUGAUCCAAAGCCGGGCUGGUUGGGUCUUUUAAAAUAUAAACCAUUGACCUGCACAACUGGUAUAAACAUACACUAUCUGUAUAAAGAAUUCCUCAAUGUGUCAAAUUAGGAUUUCAUCUCAUUACUUGUAUAAACAGCAUAUUGCCCUAGUAAGUACUUCAUAUCUGGUAUA